ACUACAGGUCGGUGCGGAUCAAACACCUUGCAGUCGGAUCAGAGCCAUUGAGAAAAAGGGGGUCUCUCUCGGAUAUGGUGGAGUAGGCUACAUCGGGGCGACUUGGAAACCACCUGGUUUGGAAUAACCCGAUGGAAAUUGGAGGACGGGGACCUUGCGAAGUCCGUCUCGAAGAGGUUUUCAUGGAGCGUUGAGAAUAUUAUUAUGUGGUGGCUUGCCUUAAUGAUGUUUACAUCUCCGACUUUCCCAUUCAUCGUGUUCGUGUGCAUGGGGUUAACCGAGGCGGUCCAUUCCUACGAUGCGCUGCCUCUAGUAAUAAAGAAAUCUCGUUCAGUCGCUGAAGAUCAUCCAAACACGAGCGCGAGCGGGUUUCCAGGGGACCGGCUCGGUAUUGUCGCAUUAACACCAGCGCCCUCGAUCGCGUCCGCCAGAAAACCGAUAAAUGUCGCCGCACCAGCAGCCACCAUUAAACCACCAACAACGGAGCCCACCACCCCAUCUCUGUCUGACCCCAUCUACAUGGCCGCAUCUGCUCGGAGGAAGCUCAGCUCUGUUGAGACACGGAUGAAAGAAGCGCAGAUGUCGGAUAACGAAGCGGACAGAUCAGACCUCGUGCCCGGUUUUAGCACAGCCUCGGACAAUUCUCAAGAGCCGGUAUGUAACUGCAGUGGUGAAGGAGUGUCAGAUCCUGACGAGUGUGACCGUGACACAGGUCAGUGCGACUGUAUGCCGGGUUACACCGGGCUGCAGUGUGAAGAGUGUGAGGAAGAUCACUUCACCAACGGCACCAUCGGCUGCCUGCCCUGCGCAUGUGACUCCUUCGGGGCCGACGGCUCCAGCUGUGACAGCUCAGGGCUGUGUAAGUGCAAGACAGGUGUAUACGGGCCCAAGUGUGACGACUGCCAUCCUGGAUUCUUCCACUUCAGCAGCACAGGAUGUCAACCGUGCCAAUGCAACAACCACUCUACCUACUGCCACCCUCAGUCAGGUGUUUGUUUGGACUGUCAGGAUAACACUCAGGGCCACAACUGUGAGGAGUGUCUGCCCAACUUUUACCGGCGUCGGGGUGAGGGGUCUGCGGACGCUUGUGUGCCUUGUCCCUGCUCCGCUGAGACCUCCAGCAGCAGCUGUCAUCUCGAUUCCAGUGGACAGCCUGUAUGUGACGAAUGUAAGCCUGGCUUCUCCGGCCCCAGAUGCAGCGUGUGCAUGGACGGUUUAUUUAAAUCAGCAGGCGUGUGUGUGCCCUGCGAGUGUAAUGGGAACGCAGACCCCCGCUCCAUGGCACAAAUAUGCCACCCUGAGACAGGCCACUGCCACCGCUGCAUCAACAACACAGCGGGAGCACACUGUGAGAUCUGCGCUCGUGGGUACACAGGGGACGCCCGCUUCCACAACUGCACCCUGAGAGCUGUGAGAAUCCUCCCGAGUCAAGACAUCAAGACCUCCACUACAGAAAACCCCAAAUCCACCGGUUCUGUUGCUUCUACACCUGCUUCCCACCUCCUCACUUCCUCCUCCUCCUCCUCCACCACCCAUCCAAGCCUACCGACCCUUCAGUCCGGCACGGGAGACUCCUCAGGACACAACAGCACGGCCUCUGCCCUGACAGUAGUGUCCUGGACGCAGUUUAACAUCAUCAUCCUCGCCGUCAUCAUCGUGGUGGUCGUUCUUCUCAUGGGCUUCGUCGGAGGUGUUUAUACGUAUCGGGAGUACCGCAAUCGGAAACUCAACGCCCCAUUUUGGACCAUUGAGCUGAAGGAGGACAACAUCAGCUUCAGCAGCUACCACGACAGCAUCCCGCACGCUGACCCCAACGGACUAUUGGAGGAGGAGCCAUGUGUGGUCGCAGCCAAUGGGCAGUUAGCGCUCGCUACUGCCGCGAACAUGUACAAAGCGUGAAGUCGUCGAUUCGAUUGUAUCUUUUCUUAAAGGGAUAUUUCACCCGAAAAUGGAUAUUCAGUAAUCAUUUUCUCACUCUCAUGUCAAACCUGAAUUUCUUUUUUCAGUGGAACAUAAAGGAAGAUAUUUUGAAGUCAGUGGGGUCCAAAACAACACUGGACCAAUUUCAAGAACUUUUUUAGUGCUACUCUGAGAAACAAAGUCUAACAGGUUUGGAAUGACAUGAGGGUGAGUAAAGUACCAAAAUUUCAUUUUCGGCGAAAUAUCCUGAUAAUUUUUAUUAUUAAAAGAAGGUAGGUUGGGAGCCAAAUCUAACUUCUUUAUUUGAUUCUACACACUAUUUAGCUCGCCAUUGCUUCCUAUGUGAUAUCCUCGUGCAAAACAUUUUCACGUACAAUGUUUCCUGUAACAUUUCAUUUCAAAGAGAAAUACAGGACAAGCCAUUAACAUGUUACUCCUUGCACACAACAAUGAUAAAAUGAGAAUACAUUGCCUCUUAAAGGGAUAGUUCACCCAAAAAUUAUUGUCAUUAAUUACUCCCCUUCAUGUUGUUCCAAACCUGUAAGACCCUCGUUCAUCAUCCGACCACAAAUGAAGAUAUUUUUGGUGAAAUCCAAGAGCUUUCUGAAGCUGCAUAGAUUGCAACGCAACUGAAACAUUCAAGGCCCAAAAAGGAAGUAAGGACAUCAUUAAAUUGUCCAUGUGCCAUCAGUGGUUAAACCAAAAUUUUAUGACGCUAUGAGAAUACUUUUUGUGUGCAAAGAAAACUAAAAUAUUGCCUAUUCAACAGUUUCUUUCCUCAUGUGUCAGUCUCUGCUGACAUUCUACUUUAAUCAUUGAAUAAAGUAGCUUUUUUGUUUUCUUAGCAAUUUUUUUUUUUUCUCAAAGCUUCAUAAAAUUAUGAUUGAACAACUAAUGGCACAUGGACUUUUAACAAUGUGUUUCAGUCGCAUUGCUGUCUACGCAGGCUCAGAAAGCUCUCGGAUGUCAUCAAAAUAUCUUAACUUGUGUUCAGAAGACCAAUGAACAUCUUGUGAGUUUGGAACAACGUGAGGGUUAAUUAGCAACUAAUGACAGGAUUUUCAAUUUUGGGUGAACUAACCCUUUAAAUGAGCCUCUGAACUGUUAGUUUGGGUUUAUGGAUGCUAAUCUUCAGUUGAUACAUGAAAAAGGAUUCAACUAUUUCAGAGGCAACUAAAAGACCUUUGGAUAAAAUUCCAAGAUAAUUUCACCUUAAACUGUUCACCUAAAAAGGUUUCAGACUGUACUGUUUGCACCGCCUAAGAAAUUCACAUCGGCUUUGCAAUUUUCACUGGAAAUCAGAGGACGGUCAGACUGUCUGCAAGGCUUUUGUAAAGGAAACAAAGGUUACCAGUUUCAAGUCCUACGUAUGUGCGUGUGUCUUUGACAGAUACUACGUCAUACAAUGGCGGGACAUUGGAUUUCUCUGGAAUGCUGUCUCGCGUCGUUUUCCUCUUUACACGAUUCCUGUCACAGAUUGGUACCAAACUAAACAUGCUACAUAACAUUCAUACCUGUACCACAAGCACCUGUUUCAGCCUUAUUGUAUUUAUGUGUGAGUGGGUGGAUGUGUAUGUGCGUGCAUGGGAGAGCGAGAGUGAGAGAGAGCCAGUGUUGUGUGUGGGAACAGUUUCAGAUCUAACUGUGUAGUGCUGGAUUCUGCACAGGAAUGUACAAAAAGACUGGAUUGAUUCUGCUGCAUAGUUUCACAAAAACUGAUCAAGCUUUUGACACCUUAAGCCAUGUGAACAAAAUAUGACCCUAGAGGAGCGUGUUCAGAGGACUUUGUGAAGUGGAAAGACUGUUUUUGGGAACCUAUAAGGUACGACGGUGGACACGUUGCGUUUUUUUUCCCUCCAUUUGUCUGCAAGGACCCUUUUAAAUGUGAUUCAGGAUCAUUUUUAAACGAAGACUUGUGUUUGAAUUAUUGUAUGUGUUUGUGUUUUAUUCAGAUUUGUCUUGUUAAUUCCUAUUUAUUUAUCAUUUGUGUUUGUCUCCGUGGUCUUAUUUUACUGAUGUUUUUCAAUCUUCGUGCUGCGUUGUACAGUGGACCAUACCGAAUGCACACUCUGUAGGACGAGUUGUGAGCACCACCUCAAAAGACUUAUUUUCUCCACUUUUUUUCUUUCUAAUUUAUUUAGUCAAGUUCUGUGUUAAUAACUCACAGUAUACAAUGGGAUGAUGUUAGGAAAUGCUGUAUUGUCUCAUUACUGACUGGUUAAAUGACUGAAAUUAAAGGGUUAUUGAAUCAAAGGACA